AUGUCUCUCCCAGGUUCACAACGUGUUGCUGGUACUGAUGGAAGUGAUUUUCAUCAUCGUGAACGCAUAGCUGAACAUUAUCGUGUUAGUAUAGAAACUAAACCACGUCUACGAAUAUUAAUUUAUCUUCAUUUUGUUCUUGCUUUGCUUGUUCUUUUCCAACUCGUGACAUAUCAUGUACCAUUAAUAAAAACCGUAAAAACUCCACGACCACAUCUGUGGCAGUACAUAUGGAUUAUGACUAUUCUACCAUCAAUAUGUGGUCUCUUGUCAAUGAAUAAAAAUCAUCUAUUUUUAAUGAAAUUAUUUUUUCGUGGUACAGUUACACUCGGCUUAGGUACAAUAAUGACAACAAUUAUACUUAAUUUAAGUGAUUUGUUUACGUUUAAAAAAUUAAAAUCCAAUCAUCACUUAGAUGAAGUUGAACCACAAACCUUUCUUGGCUUUCCAUUAUUAAUACUAUGGUAUAUAUUUUUGAUAAUCAUGGUUCAAAUACAUGCAUUCAGUUUAUAUAUGGCUAAUAUUUUAUUACAUAGUUGGCAACAAUAUAAGUCAACCAAACAAAAUUAA